CGCAAGACAAAAGUUAUAUCCACAUAUAUGUUGGACCAAACACAUCACCAUUCAAACAUAAAAUUAAUCAGUUCAACUUGAAAACCACAAAAUCAAAUCUGUUUUUUCCAGCAGUUGUGUGUUCCCACACUUCCAUUCAUUCGUUUCCCUAUGGCAGUAGUGAAUCCCCAAAAUGGAUUCUGUCCCGAAACAAAAAUCUUCCACAGCCUCCGGCCACCGUCCCCACUGCCACCACCGUCACAGCCACUCUCAGUCACCGAAUACGCACUCUCACUCCUUCGAUCCGACCCUACAUUCUCACCGUCCACCACCGAUUUCCUAAUCGACUCCGCCACCGGUAACCGCCUCACCUAUUCCCAGUUCAUCACUCAUUUCCAAUCCCUCGCAAAAUUUCUCAUUUCCAAAUUCCCUGAUAUUUCCACUUCUAUAAACAAUAACAACAACAAAGUAGCCUUAAUCAUUUCCCCUGCUUCUAUUCACAUUCCUGUUAUAUAUUUCGCUCUUUUAUCAAUCGGUGUAACCGUUUCACCUGUUAACCCGGUUUCCACCAAAUCCGAAAUUUCCGACCUCGUCCACCUCAGCAACCCGGUCAUCACUUUCGCUACAAACGACGUCGUUUCAAAACUACCUUCUUCAUUAUUACAGUCACGCGACGCAACCAUAAUUAUAGAUUCACCUCAAUUCCUUUCCAUGUUACAACUGCAUCCUGUUUCUAAUAUUAAUUCAAUUUUUCGGAGAAUUAAUCAGUUUGACACGUCAGCCAUCCUAUAUUCGUCUGGUACAACCGGACGAAUUAAAGGAGUGGAGCUGACACAUCGAAAUUUAAUCGCUAUAACAUCUUCGAUAUAUCAUAACAGGUUCAAAAAAGACGAAAAUGCCCCUGCUGGGAAUGAACCUCACCCCGUGUCACUGUUUCCGUUACCUCUGUUUCAUGUUUUCGGAUUUUUUAUGCUGAUUAGGGCUGUAUCCGUAGGUGAGACGUUGGUUUUAAUGGGGAGAUUUGAUUUCGAAAACAUGUUGAAGGCGGUUGAGAGAUAUAAAGUUACCUACAUGCCGGUUUCGCCGCCGCUUGUGGUGGCGAUGGCGAAAUCUGACCUUGUUUCGAAAUAUGAUUUGAGUUCGCUUUUGUUGAUCGGUUGUGGUGGCGCUCCGCUUGGAAAAGAAGUGGCCAAGAGCUUCGCGGCGAGGUUUCCUGACGUCGAAAUCGUCCAGGGAUACGGUAUGACGGAGACUGGAGGAGGGGUUACAGGAAUGAAUAAGCCAGAAGAGUGUGACCGUCAUGGAUCUGCAGGUCGUUUAUCAUCUAAUGUAGAGGCCAAAAUAGUUGACCCUGAAACCGGUAAAUCUCUAUCUCCCAUGCAGCAAGGAGAACUGUGGCUAAGAGGCCCCAUGAUCAUGAAAGGUUAUGUUGGAAAUAAGGAAGCAACUGUCGCAACAUUGGACUCUGAGGGCUGGUUAAAGACUGGUGACCUCUGUUAUUUUGAUUCGGAUGGGUUUCUUUACAUUGUUGACCGAUUAAAAGAAUUAAUCAAAUAUAAGGCUUAUCAGGUCCCACCAGCUGAAUUGGAACGAUACCUUCAUUCAAUUCCAGAAGUUGCAGAUGCUGCUGUAAUUCCAUAUCCCGAUGAAGAAGCUGGGGAGAUUCCCAUGGCUUAUGUUGUGAGAAGACCCGGAAGCAAAAUCAACGAGGCCCAAAUCAUCGAGAUAAUUGCAAAACAGGUAUCACCGUACAAAAAGAUUAGAAGAGUUGCAUUCAUAAGCUCAAUUCCGAAAAACCCAGCUGGAAAGAUAUUGAGAAGGGAGCUGGUUAAGCAUGCUUUAUCUGGAGCUUCUAAAUUGUGAUUAUGAUACGGAAGUUCUUUAUAUUCUCACGGAAACACAUAUGGGGCAAGUUUGGUUAUAUAGUUCAUCAAAGGUUUUAGAUAUGUAAGCCUAGGCUUUAAACUUUUCAGAACAAUUUUUUUAUUCUCCAAUCAUAAUCAUGUUGAAAUUAUGCUAUUGAGUUGUUCUGUCAGACUACAAUGGAUGGGACCAAUUAUAACGAUAACUAAAGUUCAAAUAUUUCCAGUA